GGUCGUCUGAGACAACCUCCGAUCCCAACACCCACACACACUCACACACACCAAUCCUUCAUAACCACCAGCCAGCUCAACCAGUCGCUCAAUCAACCUUGGGUGCACUAGCACCGGCGGACGGAUUGUUUCGCUCGAUGCAAACGACGACACCUCUAGCCUCCUGCCUCCUCGCACUUUGCUAGAUCGCGCGCCAUGGCAACCGUCGACAGCAGACCCUCGUCGCACCUGGGCGACCGCUCACCCGUCCAGCAGCCUCGCUCUCCUCGCCGCGAUGACCGCGACCGUGGCGACCGUGGCCGGCCCCGUGACGGCGGCGACAACUACCGGCCGGGCCGUCGCGGCGGCGAUGGCGCCCACAACAACCACAAGCACUCGGCGCUCGCCUCCCGCCAGCGAUCGCCACAGCGCCAGCGCACGCCCCCAAAGAUGCCCACCGAGGAAGAGAAGCAGGCCGCCGCCAAAGCCGAGUACGAGAAGCUCUUGACGAUGCGCUCCGGCGGAACCUACAUCCCCCCAGCGCGCCUGCGGGCCCUGCAGGCCCAAAUCACCGACAAGACAAGCAAGGAAUACCAGCGCAUGGCCUGGGAGGCGCUCAAAAAGUCCAUCAACGGUCUCAUCAACAAGGUCAACGUCUCAAACAUCAAGCACAUCGUCCCCGAGCUGUUCAACGAGAACCUGAUGCGCGGUCGCGGCUUGUUCUGCCGCAGCAUCAUGAAGGCCCAGGCCGCCUCGCUGCCGUUCACGCCCAUCUAUGCUGCCAUGGCCGCCAUCGUCAACACGAAGCUGCCCCAGGUCGGCGAGCUACUGGUCAAGCGGCUGGUGAUGCAGUUCCGCAAGGGCUUCAAGCGGAAUGACAAGGCUGUUUGCCUGUCCUCAACCACUUUCAUUGCGCAUCUUGUCAACCAGCAAGUUGUGCACGAGAUGCUGGCGGCGCAGAUGCUCAUGCUGCUCUUGGAGAAGCCGACCGAUGACAGCGUGGAGAUUGCCGUGGGCUUGACCAAAGAGGUCGCCCAGCACCUGGAAGAGAUGAGCCCGCCCAUGGCCCGGAUCAUAUUUGACCAAUUCCGAAAUAUCCUGCACGAGGCCGACAUCGACAAGCGCGUGCAAUACAUGAUCGAGGUCCUGUUCCAGAUCCGCAAGGACAAGUUCAAGGACAAUCCGGCGAUCAAAGAGGAGCUGGACUUGAUUGAGGAGGAGGACCAGAUCACCCACCGAAUCGAUCUGACGGCACCCAUCGAUGUGGAGGAUGGUCUCAACAUUUUCAAGUUUGACUCUGAGUGGGAGGAGAACGAGGCCAGCUACAAGAAGCUGAGGGCCGCGAUCUUGGGAGAGGGCAGCGACUACGAAGACGACGACGAUGACGACGAUGACGAGAGCUCCGAAGAGGAAGACGAGGGCGUCAAGGCGAUGGAAAUCAAGGACCAGAGUAACACGGAUCUCGUCAACCUGCGCAAGACGAUCUAUUUGACGAUUCAAAGUGCGAUGGACCCAGAAGAAGCCGUGCACAAGCUCAUGAAGAUCCAGCUUCCGGCCGGCCAGGAGCCCGAGCUCCCUUCCAUGGUGGUGGAGUGCUGCAGUCAGGAGAAGACGUACACCAAGUUUUUUGGUCUGAUUGGCGAGCGCUUCGCCAAGAUCAACCGGCUUUGGACUGAGCUCUUUGAGGACUCGUUCCGCAAGUACUACGAGACAAUCCACCGUUAUGAGACGAACCGGCUUCGCAACAUUGCUAGGUUCUUUGGCCAUCUCUUUGGCUCGGACGCCAUUGGGUGGCACGCCAUGUCUGUGAUCCACCUGAACGAGGACGAGACGACGUCUGCGAGCAGAAUCUUCAUCAAGAUUUUGUUUCAGGAGAUCUCGGAGGAGCUAGGCAUGAAGAAGCUCCAGGCCCGCAUGAGAGAGCCUGACUUGCAAGCAGACCUUACUGGACUGUUUCCCCGAGACAAUCCGCGCAACGUGCGCUUCUCUAUCAAUUACUUCACGAGUAUUGGCAUGGGCGCGCUGACCGAGGACAUGAGAGAGUUCUUGGCGAAUAUGCCGAAGCCGGCGCUACCUGCGCCUGCUCCUGCCGACCACUCAGACUCCGAUUCCGUGUCAAGCUACUCUUCCUACACUGGCUCUUCCUAUUCUUCUCGCUCACGCUCGCGAACACCGCCGCGCAGGUCUGGUGACCGGGGACGCAGUCUCUCGCGGAGCCCCCGCAGAAGUCGGUCGCGAUCUUAUUCCGACAGCAGAAGCCGGUCAUACUCGCGGUCUCGCUCUCGGUCGUACAGCAGGAGCCGCAGCCCCGCGCCUCGUCGUGGAGGUGCCAGACAAGCUUCGCAUUCGGCCAGUCCGCUUCGAACCGCAGGCCGUGGCGCUGACCGCGGAGGGCCUGCUACGCGCGGCCGCUCAUACAGCCGUGGCAGCUAUUCUUCACGAUCGCGCUCGCGCUCCUAUACGCCGUCGCGAAGCCGGAGCCCGGCGCCUCGAAAAGCCGGAGCGGCUCGCGGUGGCUCACGAUCUGUCAGCCCACCUCGAGGAGGAGGCAGGGCCCGCGGUGACAGCGCGUCUCGUUCGAGGUCUCCACCGCCUGCUCGCGGCCGCAUGGCGAACCGAUCAUUGUCACCCCCUGCGGGCGCCGGCAAGGGAAGGAGGCGCAACACUAGCUCUGUGAGCAGCACCGGGUCACGCAGGAGGGCUGCCCCGGCGUAUCAGAGCCGCUCGCCAAGCCCGGCUGGCAACAAGCGAAAGAGGUACGGCAGCGACAGCCGCUCGCCUUCCCCCCCGCCGCAGAAGCGCGACCGCAGGGGUUAAAGCAAAGAUUGUGUACAAGUUUAUUAAUUCUCGUGGUGUAUGAUUGGGAGUGGGAGGCGUGGCCAGUGCAGCCACCGUGCCGAUAUGAGGGGACACUCGUUGGAAGAGAGGCGGACGAACCAUAAGCAUCUUUGCAGAAUGAAAGCAUAGCGAAUUACCGAGAAAUAGUAGUAUCACGUCAGCUUGGCAGUGACCAACAUCCGACGACUAACCUAGCUUGUCCUUGUGAGACCAUGUAGAAUGGCAAGUUCCAGCUUCUCCUUGA